GGCGCUUAGGAUUUCUUGAGAGCCCCCGCUGAUCUCUCGCUCGUCUCUUGUGGUUUUUGUUUUCAACGUGCUUUCUCUUCUGUUGCAAUAUUUGUUUCACAAUUUGUUCAGGCCUAAGAGCCACCGGGGAAACACACUUGCUCGAGACAAUUUUCGAACAAAUUCUCUAGAUGUGACACCUGAAGACAGUGUGAAUGAACGUCAUCAAGUCUACCCUAGUUGCUCCCCACUAUUCUGACGAGGUGCCAUUUGCGGUCCCCCCGUCUGGUCCAGGGUCUUCGGACCCAGGCAGGUGUGUAAGACACGGUACUUCCAUUCACUGCAAGAUAGUAGAGAGGAAAGCAACGACGGAGACGUUCUCCUUGUGUGUUGCCGGAUAAAGUGAUUUAAAUCGCAUAUAAAACAGUGACAAUCACAAACAGAUUUAAUAACUGUAAUUAAAAUCAAAAUUGAUUUUGUCGAAUCUGAAAUUCAAAGAGAAGAGAUUGAUCAUUUAGAGAAAUUUCUCAAAAAAACGCUCAAGUGAGAAGCGAUUCGAUCUCAAUGUGAUAAAGAGUUUUGUGUUUAUAAAAAAAUGCGACGAAAACUGUAAAAAACAAAAAACACUGCGCGAAAAUGUGAUUAAACGUUUAUCGAUGUGAAAAGUUCUCUGUGGCGAACGAAGAGUUUAUUCGUACAGGAUUUUGCAAAAUCUGUAAAAUUGACCAUUUGUUAUCAUGGUCCGCUUCGGAAGGAAAGAGAAGCUGGAAAAUCGGCGAUUGCUGGCCAGCAUGGAUACCGUGAACGGCGCGAUUAUUCAUCAAAUCGAUAACGCCGCGUUUAUGCACGUGCGUGACAACAUCGACGAGCUGGGCAAAGUCGCUGACGAUACGGAUUUGCUGUUCCUGAAGGGCCUGCUCGACAGCCCGGUCGUCACCUCCCUCGUGAAGGUUCAGGAGCGUCUCGAGGAUCCGCCGGUGCCCGUGAAGCCGGUAUGCUCGUCCGUCUGUGACAUCGUCGACGAGGUGUGUCACUUCUUCCGUGCCUCCAGAAAUCCGUACGCUCGGGAAUUGGUGAACCUUCUCGGCAAUCCGCACUUACGAGCUCUUCUGGAGACGCACGACGCGAUCGUGGAACGUAGAAGAGCAUCCGAAUCGCGUCCCGUUACAGUGACAAUGCCGACGAACAAAAAGGAAGCGGUGCCCAUCAGGGUGGUCGGCCUUAGAAGACAACCAGAUGAACCUUUGGGAUUGACGAUUCAGGUCGACGAGUCCGGAAACAUGGUGAUAGCCAGGAUUCUCGGUGGCAGCACAGCAGCUCGUCAGGAACUUCUGAGAACGGGCGAGGUGAUACUCGAAGUCAACGGCAAGCAGGUUCGAAAUCCCGAGGAGCUUCAGCAGGCGAUUCAAGAGGCCAAGGAGAAUUUAUCUCUGAAAUUAGCUCCGGGUAUCGCCUCUGAUUCGAAUCGGUCUCUUAAGUCUACGUGUUACAUGAGAGCUCUCUUCGAUUACAAUCCGUCGGAGGACACGCUCUUGCCUUGUCGAGAAAUCGGUCUGCCCUUCCAGAAGGGUGACAUUCUGCAGAUUGUUGAUCAGGCCGAUCCGAACUGGUGGCAGGCGCGACGGGUGGAGGGCGAGAGCCUCGGAUCGCCCGGUUUGAUACCUUCGUUGGAGCUGGAGGAACGCAGAAAGGCCUUCGUGCCGCCCGAGGCCGAUUUCGUUCACAAGAUCAGUAUAUGCGGCACGAGGAUAUCCAAGAAGAAGAAGAGGAAGAUGUACCAGUCCAAGUCGAACGGCGAAUUCGACGGCGCCGAGUUGCUGCUUUACGAAGAGGUCGCUCGGAUGCCGCCGUUUCGACGUAAGACCCUGGCUCUGGUAGGACCGCGCGGUGUGGGCCGACGAACUCUGAAGAACAGGUUGAUCAACAGCGAUCCCGAGAAAUUCGGCACUAUUGUACCCUUUACAUCCAGACCACCGAGAGUUCUCGAGGAGGACGGCAAGAGCUACUGGUUCACCGAUCGCGAGAGCAUGGAGCAAGAUAUCAGGGAGCACAGAUUUCUGGAGCACGGUGAACACGGCGGACACUUGUACGGCACGAAAUUAGACUCCGUGCGAGAAAUGAUAAGAUCCGGCAAGAUGUGCGUGCUGGACUGCAGUCCGGCCGCGCUCAAGAUCCUUCACAACAGCACGGAAUUCAUGCCUUACGUCAUUUUCAUCGCCGCGCCCGGAAUGGAGCAGCUUAAGUCCCUGUACGAUCUCGGAAGAUCGACCGGCGCCAGCAGUCGAAAUCUCACGUUCGACCGCCAGAGUUCCAUCAGAUACAGUUCGAGAAGAGCCAGAACACUGGAAUCCCUCGCAUCUCUUUACGAGGAAGACGAUCUCAGAUCCACGUUGGAGGAAUCCGCGGCUUUGCAGAGAGCCUACGAGAAGUACAUCGAUCUCGUGAUCGUGAACGAAGACUUCGACAACACGUUCAGACAAGUAGUCGAAGCUCUGGACUCUUUAGCCACGGAGCACCAAUGGGUGCCGGUUAAUUGGAUCUAUUAAUUGGUUUUCUCAGGCGUAAUAUGUCGAAUUGAGUCUGGAAGGUACCGAGUCGAUGCGCGAAUUGACGACAAACAAAUAUAAUUCGACGUCGACAAUCGCGCGUCUCGGAAUUCAUUCAGCGAAAUCCACCGCGAAUAAUUGAGGGCCAUGACUUUUUUUUUUUUGUUCUGUUCACGCGCUCGAAACAACAAAGGCACGUGUAAUCAAAGUACAAAGAAUGCUAUACACUUCGUGCCGCGCGGAGCGAUAUCGAUACUGUUGCCUAAUGAUCAAGAAUCUCAAUUAAACAAUUAAAUACACCAUAGCGUAUUUACGUUCGUUAUAAGUUUUAUGUCAACGGCUCGUUCUGCUUGCAGAAACUCGUCAUCAAAAAAUUUUUUUUACCCAGUGUCGAUGUAAGACGAAUAAGAAAAGAAAAAACUAAUUUUUCAUCACAAACAAUUUACAACGCGAGUUACAUUGUUUUACUGCCACUUUGUACAACGACUGCAAUCAGCAAACGAGUCGAUUAAUGUAAGUGUUGAACCGCCGUCCAGUUAAUUUUAGUGUAAUAUUUUAAUAUAUUUUCAACUUUAGUUGCGUGACACGCGUUUCUAAAACGAUCAGCCACAUGUACUAUCGCGUUAUCAUUCGCGUUUAUCCGUUCGAACGCAUUAUAUGUUUCUCGUGUUUCGUUCGCGCAUUCUGUUUCACGUCUCAUUUUGCCGCUCGUGCACGCUAAGUAUAUUUCCUGGCAUAGAGUGCCUUAAUCAGUGAAUUCUAUACUAUGCCGAAUUUAUUGCAAUAACACACCGGCCAUAAUAUUGUAAAAACUAGUUAUUACCAACGAAUUGUGUUCGCACGAAAGUGGAGUUGUAGCGGUGAUCGACAUAUACAGAGACAAAAGAUUCUACUUGUCUUCUAUUCCACUCGGAGUGUUUUUUUAUUUUUACGUAAUCUCUUUUAUUUGAAUGAGCGUAAUUCCGGCAUAAUAUAGAACUCACUGGUCUCGUUAGCGCAAGCUUAUAAUCGGGUUGAUGCGAAGACCUACUACGUCGAGAAAGACGUCUUAUACAUUGGAGAUUUACAUAAGACAAAAAACUAGUAACACAAUUUCUAAUAUCCUAUGUGGAUAGUCACAGAAGAACAUAUACCAUACAUACAUAUAUACGCAUACAUAUGUAUAUGUAGCAAAGUGGACUACCUUGUACAGAUCUGCAAUGACACAUGUCAAAUGUCUGCUGUACAUGUUGAAUCUAAACAUCUGUUCUGAAGAGCAACACAGUGAUACACGUGGAAUAAAGUUUAUUAAGCGUUUGUUACGAAUAAAAAUUUCAAAUUAGAAGUA